AUGUCCAGUGAACUCAUCCUCGUCGUCCUCAUUCAUCACAUUCAACUCUAUACCACAGCAUUGCUUUAUCAACCAUUCAUCAAUUGUUCUAUCACAUCCACAUCCAUCAAUUUCUUCAAGGUCCUAAUGGGCAACAAAGUCUCCGCUGUGAACGGUGUCAAGUCAGAGCAUUUCUACGACCAAGGCAACGCCGUCAACGAAAUCUGGGUGGGAGACGUUGAAGUCAUCUCCCGUUUACCCUUUGGCGAUUCCGACCUCGAGCAAGCCGGUUGGCCCGCAGGAGACUUCCCAAAGAUCCCGUGGCAUCAUUUCAUCAUCCCCAUGCAGAAACGAGACGAAGCCACCAACAUGACUGCCAAACAUACCUCGUUCGAUAUGUAUGGGACUUAUUGUACUUGUCAAGACUGGCUACCAAAACAUGGGUACCUGGGCAUGUUCACGAGCACCUCUGCAGAUGCUGCAUAUUUGCUCGGGUCAUCGUUCCUUACCAUCUCUACCGCCCUAUACAUGUCCUUUCUUUCCAGACUUGUCACUGCUUUCAGGAAGUGGCAAGAUUUGCGGGAGGCCUCACAUCUCUUCCCGGAUCCGGACGAGGUCAGGCGUAUAGCUAAUCGUCACCUUUGGAUUCGCCUCGGGAAUGCAUUCAUCGUGUUUACUCUCUCUGUUUUCUGCCUCGUGGUGGGCGUGCCUGCUGUCGCUGCUGGCACAAAGAAGAUGGAUGCUGCAAGUUUUGUUGUGGCUAAUGGGUUUGGGGGUGGUCUGGUUAUCCUCGUCAGCAGCGUCGUCGCCCCCUUGGUGCUGCUAUGGCGUUCGAGAACACCACGUCCUGUGAAGAGCGACCCUUAG